AACCUUCCGCUGAAGGAUUUCUCCGCAGAAGUGCGAGCCAAUAUGGACAUUAAGAUGUUCAUCAAGGGUGCAACCCUCCUUUUGGAUCUGGAGGCCUCCUCUAUUGAAGAAAUUAUUCAUGACAUGUUGGAGGCUGUCUUCACCGAGACACCCGGCCAUCUCAAUCAUGCAGCUACUACACCCACUGGUAUAAGUGGAAUACAUCGACACUUCCUCACGCCCAACCACUCACCGCACGGCUCCACACUGGAGUGUGAAGACAGUCACAACGCCACAAACGCUAGCAGCAUCAACAACAGCGGUGGGCACGUGCACGGCCGAUCCCACACUCUCACACGUACCACUGGAAGCGGCCUUUUUGCGACGACAACAAAGCUAUCAGCACUGAAUAAGGACGAGCUCAUUGAGGAGGCGAAAAAGGCACUGCUAUUGGAAAUAAAGCAAAAUGACCUGGCAUACAGGCGGUUAAGUAAAACUAUAAAGUCGGUAUCAUUUCAUGAAAACGAGGGCAUCACAAUGGAUCAGAGUUGGAUCUGUGCUUUAUGCAGUUUGAAGAACAUUCAAAAGCGAUAUUUGGCUCUGGCUCGGCUAGCCUACCCCGUCAACCUCGGACGCUCGAAUGAGGGUACUCAGAUUAUCCUUCUUGUUAUAAGUCCACAGAAGGAGAAAAAGACGAAGUGUGAGAUAGAACUGGGCCGAACCUUUGCAACCAUUCUCUCUGAUCUUGAGUUUCGGCGCCAGUUAAUAUACGCUCAAGACGAGGAGGAAGUGAAGGCUCUCCUUUGCGCCCGGGCGCACGAAUUGGAGGAGGAACACGAACAGUUGCGACACGCACCUGACAGGAUUGACGAACUCAUUGACAACUGUUUGGAACCGAGACCGCGGUGCCAAGUGAUGAGCGGCCUCAUCGCUGAUCUGCGGAGGCGAUUGCCCUUGUACCCGUCCGACUUUAUCGAUGGUGUACGAGGCAACCACACUGUACGCAAAGUGACUUCCUCCGUCUUCUUCCUCUACUUCGCCUGCCUCCUGCCCUCCAUCGCGUUUGGUGUUCUCAACUACAAUAACACUUGUGGAAAAAUUGGCGUCUUUCGGAUACUGUUGUCGCAGACGAUAGGAGGUCUCUUUUUUGGUAUAACUGGAGGACAGCCCUUAACAGUUCUUCUCACCACUGCGCCUAUUGCAAUCUACGUCAAGUUAAUCUACACGAUAACAGAGUCCUAUAACUUGGAGUUUUACGCAUUUUUUGGCUGUGUGGGCCUAUUCAAUGCUGGAUUUCUCUUCAUCUACGCUGCCCUUGACGCCAGUCGGAUAAUGCGAUGGUCAACAAGGCAAGUUCGGUCGAUUUAUACGCACUUCCUGACGUCAACAGAAGAGAUAUUUGCUAUGUUUGUCUCGAUUGCUUUCCUAGUUGAAGCCUAUCGGGAUACCGCAAAGGAAUUUAGGACGUAUUACUUUGACUGCAUCUCUGCUGAUCAGUGCCGAGGAGUCCCUGUAAACGAUGCUACAGUGUAUAAUGCCAACAAAACCUUGCUCAACUCCCCCUCACCCCUCGCCACCACCCCCACCACCCUUGUGAGGGACCUCGUCGAUACCCAAAACGCCACUGCGACAAUGGGCGUCUGUAAGCCUGAGGUUGCCAUCCUAUAUCUCCUCCUACUCGCCUGCACCUACUGGAUAUGCAUUUCCAUGCUCAACUUCACCAAAACGCCCUUUCUGACUGAGACAAAGAGGGAACUGAUCCAUGACUUUGCCUUGCCCUCUGCUGUGCUCGUGAUGUCUUUCGUUGGUUCCUACAUGUUCAGAAAAGUUGAACUAAAGCCUUACAGUGUGGACAUGGACACCUUUGAGUGGAAGGUGAUCGAUUUCCGCACUCUCAAUUGGUUAAACAUUCUGGGCGCUAUGGGACUCUCCUUCCCUCUCUCCCUCCUCUUCUUUAUGGAACAAAACAUUGCCAGCGUUAUCGUUAACUCACCCUCUAACAAACUGAAGAAGGGAACGAGCUACCACUGGGACCUCUUCGUAGUGGGAGUGAUCAACACUCUCCUCUCCCUUUUUGGUCUGCCUUGGGUUCAUGGCGCCCUGCCACAAUCACCUAUGCACGUCCGCUCACUUGCCGAUAUGGAGGAACGAAUCACCUUAACAGGCAAUUUUCUCUCCACGUCUUUUAGAGUGGCUCGGGUUCGUGAGACUCGCAUUACCUCCAUACUGGCACACCUUGGAAUUGGCCUGUCUAUUCUCAUGUUGCCAAUUCCUCUCACCUACAUCCCACGACCAGUGCUGGCAGGACUGUUUGUCUACAUGGCUGUCACCUCGGUCAGUGACAAUCAAUUGUGGGAGCGAAUUCAGUUGGUCUUUAUUGAACAGUCAGCCUAUCCGCCCUCGCAUUACAUUCGUCGAGUGCCACAACGAAGAAUGCAUCUUUUCACCGGCCUACAGCUACUUCAACUGGCUGUACUCUGCAGUUGUGGUUUUGCUGAGGUGCCCUUCAUUAAAAUGGUCUUCCCCAUCCUCCUGUUCCUCCAAAUUCUCGUCCGGUAA